GGCCAUUCAUUCGAGUAUUUGAGUACGUGGAGAUCGGUUCGGUGUGCUUUCGUGAAUUUUUACAUUGCGGAUAAAACCUAACCUCGCAAGAACAACAACAGCGAAAACGCCUUUUUGUAAGACGUGAGGGUGUCGAGUAGUAAGACGUGUGCGAUAAGAAGCGAAAAGUUUAAAUAUAUAAAAACGAAUUGGCGAAGCGCGAGCAUACGGAAAGUGCUUGUUCGAUUUGUGUGCAAGUGUUGUUAAUGUGUGAGCGCACACACACAUACCUAAAUAAUCGUAUAUUUGUUUAGUUGCAAAAGCAGCUGACGUGCAAAAGGCACAACCAAAAAAAAAAAGCGUAUUAAUAAUAAAUAAAUAAAACAAAUACGAAUUGCUAAAGUUUAAAGUGUUCGAUAAGCAAAGCAAAAGUUAAAGGAAGAAAGCGAGCAGCCAGCUAAACAGCAGCAGCGGAUAGCGACGUAUCAAAUUUAUUGAGAAUCAUAGUAAUCAAGACGUUGGAUGAAUAUUGUAACAAACCGGUGCAAUAUAUUAUCUGCCGACAACACUACACAAAACAACAAAAACAACGAAAAUAGCAAACAAGUGAAAUCCAAGUAGGAACUGCAGCAUCAACAACAACAACAAGAUGGCGAAAAGUUUACGUCCCCUAAAAAUCACAAUAGUCGGCGACGGUAUGGUGGGCAAGACCUGCCUACUCAUCACAUACACACAAAACGAAUUCCCCGAAGAGUACAUACCCACAGUGUUCGAUAAUCAUGCCUGCAACAUCACGGUCGAUGGCAAUGAAUACAGCCUGACACUCUGGGAUACGGCCGGGCAAGAGGAUUACGAGCGUCUACGUCCGCUGAGUUAUCCGAAUACGAGCUGCUUCCUGCUUUGCUAUUCGAUAAGCAGUCGAACAUCUUUUGAGAAUAUCAAAAGUAAAUGGUGGCCAGAGAUACGGCAUUACUCCAAUAAUGUGCCCGUUGUGCUGAUCGGCACCAAGUUGGAUUUGCGAGUACCCAAUUCGGAGAAAUUCGUGACGACUAGCGAGGGGCGACGUUUGCGUAAGGAGAUACAUGCGCACACGCUGGUGGAGUGUUCAGCCAAAAAGAAGGUCAAUCUGAAUCAAGUCUUCGAGGAGGCAGUUAGAGCCGUGGAGAAGAAACCUAGCGCAAAACCGAAACAGUGCGUAUUGCUAUAGGUUAUUUUUGUACAUGGAUGAAGAACGAGUGUUGGAUGGUGUAGAAAUUGUAAACCCAACAACAACAACAAAUAUGCGAUUAAAACGUUUGUAAAUCAAAAGAACUCAACUUACCGCUAAUAAUAUAUUUAUAUAUAUUCGCGUUACUUAAUAUUUUGUGCGCCUAAAAGUCGACUACUUUUUUGGUGCUACAUGAAAUGUUCGGUCAAAGAAUGUAUAAUAAUUAUUUAUUAUUUAUUAUGCAUUCUUUGGUUCGGUAAUCAGUGUUGAGGUUGACGAGUUUGUCAGGUUUAUCUAGUUAGUUGGGCGGGUAGAGAGAACUUUGAGUUCUUUCACUUUGUUUUAUUAUUGUAUUCUUUUUAUUAAAUAUUGUAAUGUUGUAAAAAAAGCAAAUAAACUAUUUUUACAUUUAGUCAUUUAAGUGCAAAACAUUGUAUACACCAAAAUACAAGCAUACGUACAUCUGUAUUUAUUAAUAAAAUUCAAAUAUUUAUCUAUGUAAAAUGAAAUGUGUGCCGAACUUAGUCAAACGGGCGCUAAAGUUGGCCAACAUAAUAAAUAAAUCAAUAACAAAAAAAAAAACAUAAAUUGUAUAAAAAGUAUUGUAAAAAAUAUAUAAAAAGUACAAUAAUAGAAAAUAUAAAUAUUUUGAACUAAUCCAGACAAUACUGAUAACUACCGAUUAUCAACUUUUGGAUCAAUUUUCUUUAUAAAUUUUAUUAAUCCAUAGUCCGUUUAUGCCAUCAACCUUAGGGAAAUAUAUUUAUGUAUACAUAUAUGUAUGUAAAUGUAUGUGAGUAUAUACAAAAUACACUGAAAUGAACUACUAAAAGUAGAAUUGAAAUUUAUAUUUUAAAAUAAAAAAUUAAAAGCUGUUCAGACCUGGUUUAGAGCGGCAAAAAAUCAUUUCAUUAUUAGCAUAGUCGCUAAGCAUACACUAAAAACUGAUGAAGAUAAGCUAUGGAUUUAAAUCAUUAUUGUUAGCAUCUAUAUCGACAUACGUAUACAUUACAAGGUUUAUAAUGUUUGAAACAAACUACAUAGAGUUCACUGAGUUCAACAUGCUACUAUUUAAUUUAUCGAGCUACAAAAAAAGAGCAAGUAUUGGCUAUAAGAAGUGAGUAAAUGUAUGCAGAGUAGAUAUGUGUACAUAUAAUUAUAUAAUUGCGCUGAUUAAAAGUGUAUAAUAAUGUACCUAAAAUAAAUGUAUAAUACAAAAAUAUUUCUAAUAAUUAAAUUUCUUUUCGACAUUUUUAAGAUGCAAUAAACAAUUUUAAACUAGUCA